AUGUCCGAAACAUAUACGCUCAGAAACCGGCGGAGCGACGGCGUUUCUUCGUCUCAAGAACGCCAGGAGGUUGCCAAGCCCACAGAAGAAGUUUUGGUAGAAAAACUCGACCGUUUUUUGUCUUCGAUCGAAUCGAGAUUGGAUACUUUUGAGCAGUAUUUCCGGCUCCGAGCGUCUGACGACGACAAUUAUGAGUUCCCGGAGAAGUCGAGCACUCUGAGGAGAAACAGCAGCGCCAGUCUUAAUUCGUUAAGGUCAUUUACACUCCCCAAUUUAAGUACGGUUCACCAACGGCUUUCUUUGAUCAAAGCCUCCGUCUUAAAGUCAUCGAUAACAAACCUUGAACACCUUUACAACACGCUAGAUGACCAGUACACCUAUUUAUUCAGCUCUCCCGCCUCAGAACCAGGCUCGCCAGCAACAGAAACCACUCAACUCUCGCAAAGCAAAGAAAUUCUAUCUCGUAAAAUUAUCACCACCAUCCAAUACUUUGACGAGAAACUCUCUCAAGUUGACAAUUUGAUCCAGGAGAAGACCCCUCAGGCCACUACAGACUACCAUGCCCCUAGCUUCCAGCACUUUCGUUUCUACAAUUUCAAUAAAGCUCUCCAGAAGGCCGAGAAAGAGUAUUUGCAUUACUACGAUAUUCCAUUAAGCUGGAGAGAAAAUAGAUACAUCAUCUACGGGUACAGGUUCUCCUUGAGCCAUAAAACCAUGCUCAAAUCUGUAUUCCAGUUCAACCAUAACGAAUCCAUGAACAUUUGGACCCAUCUUAUAGGCGCAUUGAUUGUGAUAUUUUUGGGAGCUGUCCAUUUGCCCAGCACCGAGUUGUUUCAGAUAAACAGUUAUAGAGACAAUGUGGUUGUGUACAUGUUCUUGGCGGCUGCUUUUGGGUGUUUAGCAUGCUCUACUAUAUGGCACACUUAUUCAUGUUUCGCAAAGUUGCCAGUUAGAUCGAGUUGUGCAUCAGUAGAUUACACUGGAAUCACUAUUUUGAUCUCAGCAUCGGUGAUUUCGUCGGAAUAUUGCUCAUUGUACCAUUUCCCCAAGUUGCAGAAAAUAGUGAUGACUUUUACAAUCCUCUGUGGCCUUGGUGGUUUAACGUUGAAUUGGUCGUCUUAUUUUGACAGACCAGAAUGUAGGCCAUUGAGAAUUGGGUUUUUUGUUGGUUUGGCGUUUGUGGGACUUACGACCUUCGUUGCCAUGUGCUUCAAUGAGGGAGUAAUGGUAUCGCUCAAGUUUUUCCUGCCUCUUGUUCUCAAGAGUUGUACCGCAUAUUUGGCAGGUGUCGUCUUUUAUGGAGGGUUGAUACCAGAAAGAUGGCGGUACGAUGUGAUUAUCAAUGAAGAUGGCCCAUGUCAUCACAACCAUACAGCUCGUGAUGUUCUUACGGAUAAUAUUGAACACAGCGGUGAAGAAGAAUUCCAGCAGUUGGAAACAGAAUUACAUGAACAGGAAGAUUCGACUAACGACGAGUCCAACGAUAAUCUCGGAAUCAAAGAAGACCCCACACAGUCCAAAGAAUACAGAGAAAUCAUCGACAAACAUUUCCCCGACGAGCCAACAAAGACAGUAUAUCACAAAGACUUUUGGUCAUUGUACUGGGUGGACUACUUUUUCUCCAGCCACAGUAUAUGGCACAUUUUUGUCCUUUUGGGAAUCCUUGGACACUACUUUAGUCUUUUGGGAAUGUUUGAGACGCUCCAUUCGUAA